GAACAUUCAUCUAUCUGCAGGAUACCGUGAUUUCAAUCAUCCUGUACAAAGCUGCUUCUCACUCCGAUUGAUCGACAUUCUCAUGCUGUAGCUCAAUAAGUAGCAAACAAGAAAGGCAAUCCUCUAUCCCAGCACGAAAAACAGACAACAAACACCAUGAAGCGAAAGUACUCAGACGAAUCAAUACUGACCCCAUUUCAACGCGACAUGAGGUCCCAACGCCAGCAAGCACUCGAAGGGAUCCGAGAUGCGUUCCAAAGAAUUUCACCAAGGGAAGCUGUCACAAAAGAGGACGCUAUCCGAGUAUCCGAUGCGGUGAGUUACUGCAACAGUUUGGUAAAGAACAGAGUGGACACGAGAUGGUCCAAGGAAGAAGACACGGGAGAGGUCGUUGCCAUGGGCACGGAAGACAACGGCGCAUGUGGCUUGUUAGAGGAUCCAGAUGGAGCGCGGCUCUUUGGUAAGCUAUGAAUUUGAAACAAAGUUUUUCAAGCGCGUAUGAUACAAUUAUCUUCUAUUAUCCGCAUCCCCCUCUCCCGUUUUGGUCUAACACUGUUUGAUUCGAUGCGAUUCGUCACUCCACAACAGAGUACGAACCAACGCUUCUUCCAGAAAGCAAAGUUGUUUUCGAAGGGGACAAAGCUGUCACAGCAGUUGCUGCUGGAGGAUUGCAUUCUGCUUGUCUUGCUCGUAAUGGUGAAGUCUACACGUGGGGCACAAAUGACGAGAUGGCUCUUGGUCGAGGAAAUCUCGACGACGCUGAUUUGCUUUCGAUCAAGCCAAUGGUAGGUAUCAAAGAUGCAAUCCAGAUCAGCGCUGGAGACAAUCACACAGUUGUUUUGGACUGCCAUGGAAAAGUUCACACUGCAGGCGUUUAUAAGGACUCUGAUUCUGGCUUGUUCAAAGAGCUUACCAGUCCGAAUGAUCUCAAAAUACACGUCCAAAAGCACAAGCAUCACGAAUUCCCGGUGCAGGUCUUGGGUCUGGGAAAGAUCGUGAUGGUUGACGCCGGUCAUUCUUGGAAUGCUGCGCUUGACGAAAAUGGCGACUUGUACACUUGGGGUAUGGGUCACAGCGGCGAACUAGCCAGAAGCAAAAGCAUGUAAGUGAUUAACAUCCUGAGCGUACCAUUGCUUUAUUUGGAUAAAGGAUACUAUUUUAACUUUGCCUUUCACCAUCUCACGCAUUUCGAAUGGAAUUCCAUCUCCACAGGGGAGCAACAACGACCGAAGCCUCAUACAUUGAUUCAGAUGGGAAGGAUAAAGGAAAGUACGAAAAGUAUGACGUGUCGAAGAAUUUUAUCGGGGAGGUUAGACAGAGACCAGAACUGGAUUCUGAUGGACAACCCAAACGGGAUGAAGACACUGGAAAAAUCAUCAUGGCGGACUAUUGGCAAUAUCAUCUUGACAAAAUUCGGGAUAAAUUUUUGACACCCGCACCUGUUGAAUGGAUUGGAGGGUUGAAGAAAAAAGUCGAGCACUUUUCUUGCGGAAUGAUCCACCUUUUGGUCGUUGCUCGGGAUCCUGGUUCACUUGAAACACGGGUCUUUGGUUCAGGAAACAGUGGCUUUGGCCAACUGGGUCAUGGAGAUACGAAGGAACUCCACCAAUUGACCCCGAUCAAAGCCCUAGACAACAAAAAAAUUUGCAAAGUAGCAGCUGGUUGCUACCAUAAUUUGGCGUUGUCCAGGGACGGCGUCAAUCUAUUUGCCUGGGGAAAGCUGGAUGAAGGCGCUACUGGUUUGUACAACCAAGAGAAAACCGAAAGCUAUACAAGUGGCGACUUCGAAGGUACACCUAAACAGGUUGCUUUUCCGGACACACUAGGAAAUUCUGUUAUCGUUGACAUCGCUGCUGGUACGUACCGUACGAUUCAAGUUUCUUACCUCGUGCUGUUGCGCUUUUGGGGGAGAUUAUGGGCCUAUCACGAUUGGAUUUUCUCAUGUAUUUUUCUUCUUGCCGUUGAUCACAACUCAAUAUUUGUGAAAAGGCGAUACUACAAGCUUCGCUAUCACAGAUGGCGGUGAUGUAUAUUCCUGGGGUUACAACGAAAAUUCCCAAACCGGUCACUAUAGUGUUGCACCCGGUAUUAUAUCUCAACCUCGACUGUUGGAUGUUAUUGGAUCUGUGAAUACAAGCAUCGAAAAGUCAAAAAAGACGCCCAUUGCCAAAAAAUGUCGUGUGACUCGUGUUUCUGGUGGAGGGCAGCAUUCCUUGAUGGUCAUCAAGCGCUAUCGGUAGGUUUUCGACAGCAAAUAGUUGUAUAUGGUAUCAAGUUUCGGUACGGACUUGCGGUGAUCUACUUGUACUACUCGCUUUAGAGGCCACAAAUGAUUAUGGAACUAAAACACCUGAUUGGUCGGAAGCUAACGAUUCGAGUACCCAACUCGAUCGCAUGUAACAGGAUUUGAAACGGACGAGUGCCGACCACUAUUCUACUCACAUUUUGUCAAACAGCUAUCCUUCAACGCCUAGUAAAAUGACACAGUCUAGUUUUUGGUCCUUUCAUAAUUAUAGUAGUACGCUUAGAAAAUUGCAGCAGGCUAAAUAAUCUUCGGGAACACGGGUUCCAUACUAGGAUAUCACCAAAUACAUGGUCUAUAAUUUU